AUGGGUUUACUUGGAACUAUUCUUUUAACAAUCUUAGCUAUUAUUUUUCCGCCGGCUGCUGCUUUGAUUCAAGUUGGUUGUACUUUACAUUUUUUCUUAAAUAUUUUAUUAACCAUUCUUGGUUUUCUACCGGGAUGCAUUCAUGCUCUAUGGCUUGUUUGGAUAGGAGGAGCAACAACAGCAGAUAGUAAUGAAGAAACAGAUUCGUCAUUAAGUGAUGAUUUUAAAAGUAUUCAAAAUUCAAUUAUUUCUAUUAAUAGACCAUCAUCAAUUGUUCUUAAAAGUUUUGCUCCAAAUCCAUCUCCAUUACCAUUGACACCAAGUGUCCCUGAUGAAGAUACACCAUGGCUUCAUGAAAAUAUAACAAGAGAAGCUGUAGAAGAUGCAUUAUCAUGUCGUUCAAUUGGUAGUUUUCUUGUACGACGACCAACAUCUAUAACAUCAACAAAUACUUAUGUUCUCUCAAUUCGUGUACCAAAAUAUAUGAAACGAUCAUGUGUUGUUCAUUAUUUAAUUGAUCAAGAUAAUGUUGGCUAUUAUUUAAGAGGAACAAAAAAAAUUUUCUCAACAUUAAAUUCAUUUAUUGUACAUCAUUCAAUUGUUGCUGAAAGUUUACCUGUUGUUCUAAAUUUACGAGCUUAUACAUCAUUACAUACAAUAGAAGAUGAUGAUUUAAAUGGUAGAGUAACACAUAAUGAAUAUGUAAUAUAA